AUGGCGGACCUGCGAAAGCUGAAUCGUGGCCUUGCAGCUGUAGGGCUGUUGCCGCCGAGCAGAGACGACCACGAGGGUUGGCGUGAUUGCUUGACAAAGCUUUGCAGCAACUACCUCGGGUCGGAGUCCAAGGAGGACUCCGACAAGCAGCCACUUCCAGCCGAUUUACAGGGCGCUGCCCUGCAAGCGCGGGUGGAGGAGCGCCGAAAACGCAUUCUUGAGCUUGACUUGGACCUGGGUUUUGUGAGCCAGAGGGAGGCCAAGCUUCGAAAGUUCUCCAAGGACCCACUUCUCCAGACACGUUCAGCUGAUGAUUUUGCCAGAUGCCUGCAACGGGCUCGGGCGCGGCUCGACUCCGUCAGCGAGGAGGAGAUUGAUGACGGCUUGGACCUUGCGGGCUUUGUGGAGAAGCUCACGGUGCUGCUAAAGGAAGUCACAUGA